AUGACGAAAUUAUUUAUUUUAUUAUUAUUUUCUAAUCAAAUUAUUAUCUUGAUUAAUUGCCAACCACCUUUUUUACAUGAUAAAUUAAUUAUAGAAUAUGGAGGAGAUAAAUGCGAAUUUAAAGAAAUUGACAAAGGAAAUAAUGAGAAAAAAUUAAGAAAAAUUCCUAUAUUAUUUCAUAAUAAACAAUUUAUUGCCCGUCUAGUUUUUCUUUUUGGCCGAAACGAUAAUUUAUAUUUUACUCUAUGGGAAUCACUUUAA